ACGAAGCAAUCGACGUUUUGAAUUGAACGGUUGAAUCUUUGCUGCCUGCACGAAUUUGUUUUUUUAUCAAAUGACUCGAAUUUAAUUUCGAAAAAUUAUUCAAAAUGAAUUGGAAUUUAAUAUCGUCAAACUGUGAAGAUGAAACCAUAACUAAUGUGUUCCACAAGAACCAUCAUUUCAAAUUAACUCCAGAAGGACCGUUAAAUGAGCCAAUAUCUGUCAAAGCGAUUGUUCGCAAUCACCGGAUAGUGGUCAGUGUGGACAAUAAUUUAUUUUUGCUGGAAAAUGAGGAUACAAUCGAAUGCAGUACGGUUUGCUUUGACUCGGAAAUUGAUGCCAUUGAAUUGUCUUCCAGUGGUUUGGUUGUCAUUUGUGCAUUAAAAUGCGGAGACAUUCAUGGUUUACACAUCCAAGGCAGUCAGAUUUUUACGGUUUCUGUUGCCGAUAAAGACGUCUCAGAGACCAGAACAUUUGUUGGAAUCAGCCAAGUAAAAAAUGAAUACGUCUUCAUGUGCUCUACCGGUUCCGUAUACAGAUUGUCGAAUGUUGACGAGCACAUUCUAUCCGACAUAACAUCAUUCAAUUGUGAGACAACAAUCGAUGUGUCUAAGACAAUCUCAAAUGUCGAACUGGCAAAAGUUAGCUUCGGCACCAGUGACCUUCACAUCGAAACAUUUUGCGUAUUACCCGGCGAACAAGACGAGCUGGUAGUGUCCAGCUCAAAGAAGUAUCUUUUCGUUCAGACCAUCGACACCAAGUGUAAAAUCGAAAUACCGAAAGCGAUUCAAUCGUUUAAGGCCAUUUUUAAUUUGGGCCACUAUUUGAUUGGAGUGUCUUCUGCCGGAAAAAUGUAUGAGAUUUGUUUGGUAACAAAAUCUUUUCGCUUGUUCGCGGAAUGGGACCAAAUCGUUGAGGACGUCGUUAUCCUGCAAGUCAGCGACAAUGACAUUCACCUGUUGCUACAAACUAAAGCGGAAGAGUGCAGCACUUUGAAAAUUGUUGAUUUUCCAUCGAUGAAGUGUCACUAUGAGCUUCCUAUACCGUCGACCACACAUUUGGUGAGCCAAUCUCAAUCGUCGGUCAAUCUGUAUUACUUGGAGGAGAUUCUCGGAACGAAUAUGCUGCCGCAAGAAGUUGUCAUGAAUUUGAUAACGGAAUCUCAACCAGCCGAACGUUUUAAGAAAUUGAUUCGGAUCGGACGUUUAGAUGAAGCGGAGCUGUUCGCCAAACAAUUCAAUUUGAGUAGUCAGCCCAUUCAUGAGGCAAGAGUUAGACGACUUCUGAUCGAAAUCAGUUCCAUAUCCAAGGUGAAACAAGAAUUGAUCGAUGAAAAGCAAGCGAUGCUGUUAGACUUGGUGAAGAAAAUGGUAGACGGGAACAAAAAUGCGGAAUUUUUAAUCUCUUUACGGUGUACUGAAGUCACCGGCAAGGAAACGAUUCAGAAAAUUUUGCUGCUUUUGUUGGACAAUGUUGAUUUCACAAAUUACGAGGCAGAACUUGGAGACAUCAAAGAGCAACUACUUCGUCUGGACACAUUAGAGCUUAUCGAUCCUUUGGGCAUCGAAUUUACGUGGCAAUUUUUCGUUCACCAUCCGAACAUGUUCAAGCUCAUCACAAAAUUGAUGCAUAAGAAUAUCGAUGCAGCAUGUUGCAUAUGGAAGAGACAUUCGUCGUCUCUAUUUUCCCGCAUCAAUAUGGAGUUCGUACACGCAUGCGACACAUUGGAACCGUUACAAGUCAUCCAAUGGUAUCGUCACUUUGCUCCAUGUAUCAUACAACAUCAUCCCGAAACGAUGUCCUAUCUGAUUGACAAAGCCAUCGAUAAAAUGACCUAUCUGCAGUAUUUGCCAGACUUUCCGGAGAUUGGCAUCACAUUCAUCAAUGAUGUCAGGGAUACUUUUGCUGAAGUGCAAUUCCUUUUUUCGAACGUAAAGCGCAACUUCGAUGGUUGCAUGGAUAAACUAUCGACAACCGUUUCCGUUUUAAAAGAACUUUCAGUUUUGAAGAGAACUUACAAUAUAACGCUGAUGUACGACGAUUAUGUGAACAACUCAAUCGAAGAGAACGCAUUCAACAUAUUGCUUCGGAUUCAUUUGAAUCAUCUGAAAGACUUGGCAGUAAAUUUUCUGUUUCCGUUAUUUUUCGAGAAAGGACUGUUGCCGUCGGACUCAAUUGUCAGAUACGUGAAGUUUCUAGUCAAAAGUCAUAAAAACAUUGGUUUUUGGCAGGAAAGAGCCGUUGCCGUUUUGGAUCUUAUUUAUAACAACGAGCAAAAACUUGAAUGUGCGCUCAGUAUAUUGAGGGUAGCGCCAGUUCCAUGGUCAGACACGGUAACGGCUCUCUUAAAGUUGGGCAACUCCAGCCAUCCACUUGCGGUCGAAAUAUACAACGAAUAUGAAUCGCAGCACUUGAAAAUGCUGAAAAUCAAAUACGGAUGGGAAGCGAAUUCGACCGACAACAUUUUGAAAUUGGCCUUCCGCAUCAUUAAAGUGGAUCCGGACAUGGUCGAUGAUGUACGCUACCUGGUGAAAGUCGACUCUACGCGCAGUUUUGCCAUCAAUUCGUAUUACGUUACGACAUUGCUGCAACAAAAUCGCAUCGAAAAGUGCUUUGAGUUCAUGAAUCUGUUGACCAAUGUCGAAUGUGAAGAAGUCCUGGAAUUCAUAGUGAACAUACAAAACGAUUCGUUGUCCAACAAUGAAUUCAUUCUCGAAUUCUAUAAGUAUUGCAGUCAACGUGUCAACGACAAAACGCUGCUGAAAAUUGCCUUUUCACGACAGAAGCUACAUUCGACGUUUCAAUUUCAAUUGACACCAGCCGAUCUGAGUUAUCCGGACGUUAGGCUUGGCCAUUUUACGAAUGGCAUUAAAACUGUGUUGAAUAAAUUGGCGUCUAAGGAAACCGACAUUUUAGACAGCUGCUACAGAGAUGUGACAUUGCUAUGCUCAUCCCUUAAUUUCGAUCCCAUGAAAGGCAUUGUCGAGCUCGCCAAAACAUUGGGUAACAUUCACUUCACUUGUGGAAUGGCUAAGACAGUUCUGCAUGUGACUACAGUGAACGAGCACAAUUACAACUUUUUCAUCGAUCUGGCAGUGGUGUUGAUUGGUCAACAAAUAAAAAGCUUUGACACAGAUGGACCACACACAGCGGACAAUUUCACGUACCUGUUAGCAAGUAAACUUUUAGAACAAUCAUUGAAGCACGGACGGGUUGUCUAUCGUGAAAUUUGUCAGUUGAUUUGUUGGUGUCUCAUUGGACGUGAUAUUUACAGUGUCAUUGAGUCGGAAGAAUUCCUCGAAUCGAAAGCGCAUUUUGAUCGAAACACGUUGCAGGACGUCCUCAACGAAAGCUGUAACGGCAAUAACGACUCAUUUUCGGUAUUCGAAUCGGUUCGCAGUCCAACAUCGGCAGAAAAGCCGCCAAACUGUAACGAAGAAGUACUGAAAUGUCUAUCCCUAGCCAUCCAUUUGAUCUGUAUCCUCGACACCAAUCCGUUUCAGAGGAUCAACAAACAUUAUGCAUUCGACAAGGACGACUUUGAGAGCAUCAAGAGCUCCUUCACGUCAUCGCUGAACGAAUUGGUAUCGAAGAAAGUGGACAUCGCUUACAAGAUCAUGCAUUUGGUAUUGAAAUAUCAAAAGCUCGGCGGUGUGUCCAUCAUCCAUGAUUCGCAUGUUAAAAUUGUACACAGGAAAAUCAUUUAUUUCGGGCUACAAGAAAAAGAUCCGAACUUUUUGGAUCUCAUUGCCGUUCUUAUGUCGGAUUCAAAUCCAAAGGAUUUAGCAAUGUACCUAAAUACAAAACUCAAAAAUACGGCGAAUUAUGUCAACUUCUUAAAACUGGGUGAGGCGUGUAACACCAUUUUUGCAAACUUAAACAUAGACAUCAGUCCGGGAAGUAUUUUCAAAUAUCAGUAUUACAAAGAGCUCUGCAAACACGAUCCAUCGAUUCAACCGCAAACGAAUGUCGAUUUUCAAUGCUUCGAUAAAGUGCUGAACGCUCUGCAAAACAAAGUGAUCAGCGUAUCCCUUCUGAAAGAGAUGAGCGAGGCAUUCAAAUGGAAUUACCAGAAAGUAUUGGUGACGCAGAUUUUAACCAUUUUAAGCACCCAGGAAUUGGAUUAUUCCAUCAAAACCGACGUCUUCGGCAAAGAGGAAAUAAUGGCCAAAAACUCUGUCGAAGAUCUGUGUGACAUGUGUGAAAUUUACAUCAAUGAAUUGACCAGCAAAGACCAUUUAGCGAAAGAGCUGCUCAACUUUAUGAAAACCAUCAACUUUUACUUCUACGAAAUAUUCCUGUGCGUCAUUCACAUCCUGAAUACGAUCAAGGCCGCUCAACCUGUCAUGAAUUGGUGGUUGAUCAUUUUGAAAUUGAUGAAACACAAAAUGGUCGGUAAACGUAGAAAUCCAAUCGGACAAAUUGAGAACGAUACCUGGCUGGCAUUUCAUCCGCUGAGCGGUGUACCGCCACCAAUUUCGAAAUAUCGCAUCCCAUUCCUUUUGACAGCCGACAAGACACUGGAGGAUAUUUUAAGAGACGAGGUCAACGUCGAAGAUUUUGACAAAUGGUAUCAGUUGAUCGAAAUUCAUGCACAAAUGACCGGUAGUGAUGCGGCAACGAUUGCUGAAAGCAAAGACAGUCUCUGUAUGUUAGCUGUGAAGAAUUCACUGGGCGAGAAUCAGAAUAAAUUCAAAGAAGAUUCAGCCAACUAUAACUUCCAUCCGAAAAAUAACGAAUUCCUACAAUCGAUUCUACGAGUGACCAACAAAAUGAGCGACAAGGGGAACAUUCUUUCAGCGUUACACUUCACCACCAAAUUCGCAGCAGAAGGGGCCGACCAAGUGGAAGCCGCUUAUGAAUGUUAUACGUUUGCCGUAAAUAAUGAACCCGAACUGCGUACAAAUCGUCGUGAUGCAGCUAUUUUGACUCAAAUCAAACGAUUGUAUCCCAUAUACAAACUGAAAUUCUUGCUUCGUUUGUACAAUCUGAUGGACGACAAACUGAACGAAUUGGUGGAAAAGCCGGAAGAUUUGAUCUCUGAAUUGUACGAACACGAGUCCAUUUUGAAGGAACAACAAAUUAACAUCAAUAAGCUCGUGGAAGAGGUGGCCGAUCUACAUAAUAAGAACUUGAAAGAAAUUCAAAUGGACAUUCUACGUAAAUGGUUUUGUGAUACCGUCACGAGCAACGGCUCUGCCGACGAAACGUUUUGUGAACCAAUCGAUACCGUUGCGGACGUUGAUCCACAGAACUUUGAAAUCAUUACCCGAACCUGUUACAUACUCAGUCGAUGGACACCAGCAGAAGCGUUGGACUUUUGCUUAAGAUACUUGGAUCAAUCGAGUGCCGCCAAGAAGUUGCUAGCCUUCGAGUGUUACAUGAAGCUAUCGAACGGUGAAAACGAAAUAUUUCCGUGCGGUCAAUUCAUUCAGAUCAAGUGUGCAUACUAUCUGAAGCAGCUCGGUUUCAAAUACAGUGACCAGGCGUUCAACAAUUUGUCGAAAGCAGAGAAAAUUGAAACGCUGAAGAAAAUAUGGAAAAAGUAUGCGCACGAUCCGAAGGCAAUUGAUGUGAUAAUACUGAUUUCGGUGGGCUAUGACAUUUACCAUCCAAAAUUAUGGCGCAGCACUUUGAAGCAGAUGGUUACUUUGAAAAUGACGAACCGGUUGAGUGCAAUCAUUGAACUCUUAUCAAGACGCCCAGAACUACGGCAAAUCGAUGAUGCGUUUGCUGUGGCAUGGCAGUAUUUGAUCGAGAAACCGUUUGAAUGUGCGACGAAAAUGCGAACACCCGAUCAAGACGCAAGGCUAAUAAAAUCGUUGUUUUUGUGUCAGACCUGUCCUGUUGUGUCCAAAAUUGAUUUCAUGUCAAUAGCCCGACAAUUUGUGUUCUUACAACGGUCUUAUAUGGCAGCUGCACUAUUGGUAUUCGCCAACGAACAGCAAAGAUCCGAAAUUAAGCAGAUAAUCAAUGCGAGCCCAUCCACAUUAUUGAAAGAGGAUCUGAAAUCGUUAACGGAAUACGGUAUUUACUCUUUCGUCGUUGACUUUGCUGUAGAAGAAUUGGAUUUGUAAUAUUGUACUUCGUUGCUAAUUUAACUUUAAUUUCCCGUGCAAAUAAAACAAUUUUACAUACAAAU